AUGGAAGACUUGCGUGUCGAUGCAAGAAAAAGGGUUGGUUUUAGUACCAUCCAUAAAUGUGUAUCUGCCAUACGACAAUUGGCGUAUGACAAAUCUCUGGACUCACUUGAUGAAUAUUUGCAUAUGGGGGAGGAAAUAGCUAGAAUAUGUCUAGAAGAUUUUUGUAAGUGUGUUUUUGAGCUUUAUGCAGCCGAGUAUUUGCGAAGACCCACGUCUGAUGAUAUACAACGUUUGCUAAGCAAACACGAAGAACUUCAUGGGUUUCCGGGGAUGUUAGGAAGCGUCGAUUGUAUGCUGGCCAUGGAAAAAUUGUCCAAAAUCAUGGCAAGGGGAAAAAUUGAGGAUACGGCUCCCGAUACUUCAUUUACCGUUAACGGGACCGAGUAUAAGAAGGCAUACUACCUUGCUGACAGCAUUUAUUCAGAGUGGUCUAUGUUUGUGAAGUCGUUCUCAUGCCUGCAAGACGUGAAAAGGAAGAAGUUUAAGAAGUACCAAGAAAGUGCUCGAAAAGAUGUUGAGCGGGCAUUCGGAGUUUUUCAAGGUCGAUGGGAGAUACUUCAGGCACCGGCAAAAGCCAUGAGUGUUAAUAAGAUUCACCGAACCAUGCGUGUGUUAUAUUGCAUAACAUGA